CCAUAUUUGCUCCUAUAAAAGUACCCCUUGGAAUGAGAAUGACUUGUCUUUCCUCAUAAAGCUUCAAGUUUGGACCCCACAGUCGAAGUUGCAUCCCUGAAGGCAGGCUCUCCUACUGGGCUGCCACCAAUAGCCCGCAGCCAUGAGUUCCGACGCUGAGAUGGCCGUUUUCGGGGAGGCUGCUCCUUACCUCCGGAAGUCUGAAAAGGAGCGAAUCGAGGCUCAGAACAAGCCUUUUGAUGCCAAGUCAUCCGUGUUUGUGGUGGACGCUAAGGAGUCUUUUGUAAAAGCAACGGUGCAGAGCAGGGAAGGGGGGAAGGUGACGGCCAAGACCGAAGGUGGAGCUACUGUAACAGUAAAAGAUGAUCAAGUCUUCCCCAUGAACCCUCCCAAGUACGACAAGAUCGAGGACAUGGCCAUGAUGACCCACCUGCACGAGCCCGCUGUGCUGUACAACCUCAAAGAGCGUUACGCAGCCUGGAUGAUCUACACCUACUCGGGCCUGUUUUGCGUCACUGUCAACCCCUACAAGUGGCUGCCGGUGUACAACGCAGAGGUGGUGGCUGCCUACCGAGGCAAAAAGCGCCAGGAGGCCCCGCCCCACAUCUUCUCCAUCUCUGACAAUGCCUACCAGUUCAUGCUGACGGAUCGGGAGAACCAGUCUAUUUUGAUCACUGGAGAAUCCGGGGCCGGGAAGACUGUGAACACGAAGCGUGUCAUCCAGUACUUUGCAACAAUUGCAGUCACUGGGGAGAAAAAGAAGGAGGAGGCGCCUUCUGGCAAAAUGCAGGGGACCCUGGAGGAUCAAAUCAUCAGUGCCAAUCCCCUGCUGGAGGCCUUUGGGAAUGCCAAGACCGUGAGGAACGACAACUCCUCUCGCUUUGGUAAAUUCAUCAGAAUCCACUUCGGUACCACAGGGAAACUGGCUUCUGCUGAUAUUGAAACAUAUCUUCUGGAGAAGUCUAGAGUCACUUUCCAGCUAAAAGCUGAGAGAAGCUACCACAUUUUUUACCAGAUUAUGUCUAACAAGAAGCCAGAUCUAAUUGAAAUGCUCCUGAUCACCACCAACCCAUACGACUACGCCUUUGUCAGUCAGGGGGAGAUCACAGUGCCCAGCAUUGAUGACCAAGAAGAGUUGAUGGCUACAGACAGUGCCAUUGAUAUUCUGGGCUUCACUUCUGAUGAAAGAGUCUCCAUCUAUAAGCUCACGGGGGCUGUGAUGCAUUAUGGGAACAUGAAGUUCAAGCAGAAGCAACGUGAGGAGCAGGCUGAGCCAGAUGGCACUGAAGUUGCUGACAAGGCUGCCUAUCUCCAAAAUCUGAACUCUGCUGACCUGCUCAAAGCUCUCUGUUACCCCAGGGUCAAGGUCGGCAAUGAGUAUGUCACCAAAGGCCAGACUGUGCAGCAGGUGUACAACUCCGUGGGUGCCCUGGCCAAGGCUGUCUAUGAGAAGAUGUUCCUGUGGAUGGUCACCCGUAUCAACCAGCAGCUGGACACCAAGCAGCCCAGGCAGUACUUCAUCGGGGUCUUGGACAUUGCUGGCUUUGAAAUCUUUGACUUCAACAGCCUGGAGCAGCUGUGCAUCAACUUCACCAACGAGAAACUGCAACAGUUUUUCAACCACCACAUGUUCGUGCUGGAGCAGGAGGAGUACAAGAAGGAAGGCAUCGAGUGGGAGUUCAUUGACUUUGGGAUGGACCUGGCGGCCUGCAUUGAGCUCAUUGAGAAGCCAAUGGGCAUCUUCUCCAUCCUGGAAGAGGAGUGCAUGUUCCCUAAGGCGACAGACACCUCCUUCAAGAACAAGCUUUAUGAGCAGCAUCUUGGAAAGUCCAACAACUUCCAGAAACCCAAACCUGCCAAAGGCAAGGUUGAGGCCCACUUCUCCCUGGUGCACUAUGCGGGCACCGUGGACUACAACAUUGCUGGCUGGUUGGACAAGAACAAGGACCCCCUGAAUGAGACUGUGGUGGGUCUGUACCAGAAGUCUUCAAUGAAAACUCUGGCUUACCUCUUCUCUGGAGCAGCAGCAGCUGCUGAAGCAGAGUCUGGUGGCGGUGGUGGAAAGAAAGGGGCAAAGAAGAAGGGUUCUUCCUUCCAGACUGUGUCAGCUCUGUUCAGGGAGAAUCUGAAUAAGCUAAUGACCAAUCUGAGGAGCACUCACCCCCACUUUGUACGGUGCAUCAUCCCCAAUGAAACUAAGACUCCUGGUGCCAUGGAGCAUGAACUGGUCCUGCACCAGCUGAGGUGUAAUGGGGUGCUGGAAGGCAUCCGUAUCUGCAGGAAGGGGUUCCCCAGCAGGAUCCUCUAUGCGGACUUCAAGCAGAGAUACAAGGUUCUAAAUGCAAGUGCCAUCCCUGAGGGACAAUUCAUCGAUAGCAAGAAGGCUUCUGAGAAGCUCCUUGGCUCCAUUGACAUUGACCAUACUCAGUAUAAGUUUGGUCACACCAAGGUCUUUUUCAAAGCUGGUCUUCUGGGGCUCCUAGAGGAGAUGAGAGAUGACAAGUUAGCCCAGCUUAUUACCCGGACCCAAGCUAUGUGCAGAGGGUACUUGGCAAGAGUAGAGUACCAGAAGAUGGUGGAGAGAAGAGAGUCUAUCUUCUGCAUCCAGUACAAUGUCCGUGCCUUCAUGAAUGUGAAACACUGGCCCUGGAUGAAGCUUUAUUUCAAGAUCAAACCUCUCUUAAAGAGUGCAGAGACAGAGAAGGAGAUGGCCAACAUGAAGGAAGAAUUUGAAAAAGCUAAAGAAAACCUUGCAAAGGCGGAGGCCAAAAGAAAAGAGCUGGAAGAAAAAAUGGUAGCUCUGAUGCAAGAGAAAAAUGACCUGCAGCUCCAAGUUCAGUCUGAAGCAGACAGCUUGGCUGAUGCAGAGGAAAGAUGCGACCAGCUUAUUAAAACCAAAAUCCAGCUGGAAGCCAAAAUCAAAGAGGUGACCGAGAGAGCAGAGGAUGAGGAGGAGAUCAACGCCGAGCUCACGGCCAAGAAGAGGAAGCUGGAGGACGAGUGCUCAGAGCUGAAGAAGGACAUCGAUGACCUUGAGCUGACACUGGCCAAGGUUGAGAAGGAAAAGCAUGCCACAGAGAACAAGGUGAAAAACCUCACAGAGGAGAUGGCAGGCCUGGACGAAACCAUCGCCAAGCUGACCAAGGAGAAGAAGGCCCUCCAGGAGGCCCACCAGCAGACCCUGGAUGACCUGCAGGCAGAGGAGGACAAAGUCAACACCCUGACCAAAGCCAAAAUCAAGCUGGAACAACAAGUGGAUGAUCUUGAAGGCUCUCUGGAACAAGAAAAGAAAAUCCGGAUGGAUCUUGAAAGAGCCAAGAGGAAACUGGAAGGUGACCUAAAACUCGCCCAAGAGUCCACAAUGGACGUAGAAAAUGACAAACAGCAGCUUGAUGAGAAACUCAAAAAGAAAGAGUUUGAAAUGAGCAACCUACAGAGCAAGAUUGAGGAUGAGCAGGCCCUUGGCAUGCAGCUCCAGAAGAAGAUCAAGGAGUUGCAGGCCCGCAUUGAGGAGCUGGAGGAGGAGAUCGAGGCAGAGCGGGCCUCCAGGGCCAAAGCAGAGAAGCAGCGCUCUGACCUCUCCCGGGAACUGGAGGAGAUCAGCGAGAGGCUGGAAGAAGCUGGUGGGGCCACUUCAGCCCAGAUUGAGAUGAACAAGAAGAGGGAGGCUGAGUUCCAGAAAAUGCGCAGGGACCUGGAGGAGGCCACACUGCAGCAUGAAGCCACGGCAGCCACUCUGAGGAAGAAGCACGCAGACAGCGUGGCUGAGCUCGGGGAGCAGAUUGACAACCUGCAGCGGGUGAAGCAGAAGCUGGAGAAGGAGAAGAGCGAGAUGAAGAUGGAGAUCGACGACCUCGCUAGUAACAUGGAGGUCAUUUCCAAAUCCAAGGGAAACCUUGAAAAGAUGUGCCGCACACUGGAGGACCAAGUGAGUGAGCUGAAGACCAAGGAAGAGGAACAGCAGCGCCUGAUCAAUGAGCUGACGGCACAGAGGGGCCGUCUGCAGACAGAGUCAGGUGAAUACUCACGCCAGCUAGAUGAAAAGGAUUCAUUAGUUUCCCAGCUCUCCAGGGGCAAACAGGCAUUCACUCAACAGAUUGAGGAGCUGAAGAGGCAGCUUGAAGAGGAGAUAAAGGCCAAGAGUGCCCUAGCUCAUGCUCUUCAGUCCUCCCGCCAUGACUGUGACCUGCUGCGGGAACAGUAUGAAGAAGAACAGGAAGCCAAAGCUGAGCUGCAGAGGGCCAUGUCCAAAGCCAACAGUGAAGUGGCCCAGUGGAGGACGAAAUAUGAGACAGAUGCCAUCCAGCGCACAGAGGAGCUGGAGGAGGCCAAGAAGAAGCUGGCUCAGCGUCUGCAGGAUGCUGAGGAGCAUGUAGAAGCUGUGAACGCCAAGUGUGCUUCCCUGGAGAAGACGAAGCAGCGGCUUCAGAAUGAAGUGGAGGACCUCAUGAUUGACGUGGAGAGGACCAACGCUGCCUGUGCCGCCCUAGACAAGAAGCAGAGAAACUUUGACAAGAUCCUGGCAGAAUGGAAACAGAAGUAUGAGGAAACCCAUGCUGAACUUGAAGCCUCCCAGAAGGAGUCCCGCUCUCUCAGCACAGAGCUGUUCAAGAUUAAGAAUGCUUAUGAGGAAUCUUUAGACCAUCUCGAAACCUUGAAAAGGGAGAAUAAGAAUUUGCAACAGGAGAUUUCUGACCUCACUGAACAGAUUGCAGAAGGAGGAAAACGUAUCCAUGAACUGGAGAAAAUAAAGAAGCAAAUUGAGCAGGAAAAAUCUGAGCUCCAGGCUGCUUUAGAAGAAGCAGAGGCCUCUCUGGAGCACGAGGAGGGGAAGAUCCUGCGCAUCCAGCUGGAGCUGAACCAAGUCAAGUCUGAGAUCGACAGGAAGAUGAAGAUUGCAGAGCAGGAGCUGCUGGAUGCCAGUGAGCGCGUGCAGCUCCUCCACACCCAGAACACCAGCCUGAUCAACACCAAGAAGAAGCUGGAGACAGACAUUUCCCAAAUCCAGGGAGAGAUGGAGGACAUCGUCCAGGAAGCCCGCAAUGCAGAAGAGAAGGCCAAGAAAGCCAUCACUGAUGCCGCCAUGAUGGCAGAGGAGCUGAAGAAGGAACAGGACACCAGUGCCCACCUGGAGCGGAUGAAGAAGAACCUGGAGCAGACGGUGAAGGACCUGCAGCACCGUCUGGAUGAGGCUGAGCAGCUGGCGCUGAAGGGUGGCAAGAAGCAGAUCCAGAAACUGGAGGCCAGGGUCCGUGAACUUGAAGGAGAAGUCGAAAAUGAACAGAAGCGCAACGUUGAAGCUAUCAAGGGUCUGCGCAAACAUGAGAGAAGAGUGAAAGAACUCACUUACCAAACUGAGGAAGACCGGAAGAACGUUCUCAGGCUCCAGGACCUUGUGGACAAACUGCAAUCAAAGGUCAAGGCAUACAAGAGACAAGCUGAGGAAGCGGAGGAGCAAUCCAAUGUCAACCUGGCCAAAUUCCGCAAGAUCCAGCAUGAGCUGGAGGAAGCCGAGGAGCGGGCUGACAUUGCGGAGUCCCAGGUCAACAAGCUGCGGGUGAAGAGCCGAGAGGUUCACACCAAAAUCAUAAGCGAAGAGUGAUCGAUCCAAAUGCAGGAAAGUGACCAAAGAGAUGAGCAAAAUGUGAAGAUCUUUGUCACUCUGUUUUGUACUUAUGACUUUUGGAGAUAAAAAAUUUAUCUGCCAA